AUGAAUGAGAAACUGGAUGAAAUUUUCGAGUUAAUGAAUGAAAGAAAAUUAGAUGUGCUGUGUGUGAAUGAGACAAAAUGUAAGGGGAAAGAGAUACUGACGCGCGGCCCGUUCACAGAAAUAUGGUCGGGAGUUCCAGAUGAAGAACAUGGCAGUAAUGGCGUCGGUAUACUUCUUUCAGAGCGAAUGUCAGAAUGCAUGCGAGAGUAUGAGUGCGUAAGUCCCCGCCUUAUCUGGGUCCGAUUGAAAGUAGGUCUGACACCUCUAUUUUUGGUAGGUGUAUACGCUCCGGACUCUUCCCAUAGUAAGGCGGUAAGACAAGAAUUUUGGGAACAAACGAGAGAGGUUUUGUUAUUGCGUAAGUUGAAUGAACGUAUUGUCAUGCUUGGAGAUUUCAAUGCAAGGGUUGAAGUGAAGCGUGAUGGUUAUGAAAAUGUGAAUGACAACGGCGUUUACUUGUUAGAUAUAUGUGUGGAGAUGGGUCUGUCUGUGAUGAAUACGUGGUUUCAGCAUAAGAUGAUACAUAUGUACACGUGGCAAAAGAAGGAAGGCAAUGUUGUGUUAAGGAGUAUGAUAGAUCUUGUGAUAGUCGAUGAAAGAAUGAAAAUUAAAGUAGUGGAUACUAGAGCCUAUCGUGGACCAGAUGUCGCCACAGAUCACUAUUUGGUAAUUAGCAGAAUAAGUGGUUUGUUUAAACGCUGGCGGCACAGAUCAAAAGGGUCAAUUACUGAAUUAGAACGUAUAAAACAAAGACUUUCCAGAUUGAAAGAUCAGCGAGUAAAAGAGAUGUAUAAAAAGCAAUUAUGA